GCCAACAUUCUGUCCCCGCCCACGCCGGUGAGGAGCUGAAUCGAGUCACCUCCGCGUUUAGCUGCGUGCGGAUCGUCGCUGGAAGACCUUCGUCGUUGCUCCGGCUCCGGGUUAGUUGAAAGCCCUGCCAUGACGUCGGAAGGAAGUCCCGUGAGCGACACAGCUCCAGAAAACCAAGAGCCUGAUCAGCAGAAUGUGGUCAGUCGAGUGGUCAGCCUCCCACUGGUCAGUUCAACCUUCGACAUGGUCUCCUCCGCUUACGCCUCCACAAAAGAGACCCACCCCUACCUCAAGUCCGUUUGCGACGUGGCAGAGAAGAGCGUGAAGACCCUCACGGCGGCGGCCGUUGGCGGCGCCCAACCUCUCUUGACCAAGCUGGAGCCUCAGAUUGCAACGGCCAAUCAGUAUGCUUGCAAGGGGUUGGACAAAUUGGAAGAGAAACUGCCUAUUUUGCAACAGCCAUCAGAGAAGGUGGUUGCAGACACGAAGGAACUGGUCUCCACCAAAGUGACUGGGGCCCGGGACACUGUCUCCGGUACCCUCAACGGGGCGAAGGAUGCUGUGGCUGGCGGCGUGAGCGGGGUGGUGGAAAUGGCCAAAGGGGCCGUACACGGUGGCGUGCAGAUGACCAGAUCGGUGGUGGCUGGCAGUGUGAACACCGUCCUGGGGUCCAGAGUGGGUCAAAUGGUCACCACUGGCAUGGAUGUGGUCCUGGGCAAGUCUGAAGAGCUAGUGGACCAUUAUCUCCCGAUGACGGACAAAGAACUGGCUGAACUCGCUACCUCCGUUGAGGGUUUUGAAAUCGCCACCGUGGAGCAGCAGAAAGAGCAGAGGAGCUACUUUGUGCGCCUGGGGUCUCUCUCAGCCAAACUCCGCCACCGAGCCUACCAGCACUCUCUGGGCAAGUUGAGGGAUGCCAAGCAGAGUACCCAAGAUGCCCUCGCCCAGCUGCACCAAACCAUCGAGCUGAUGGAACAUGUCAAACAGGGAGUGGACCGCAAGGUACAUGGCAGCCAAGAGAAGUUGCAUCAGAUGUGGCUGGAUUGGAACCAGAAGCAAGCUCAAAGUGAUGAGCCACAACACUCCUUGGUGCAGCCAGAGGUGGAAUCCCAGUCUCUCGCCCUGCUUAGGGGCCUCACCCAGCAGCUGCAGCUCUCCUGCGUCACCCUCGUGUCCAGUGUCCAAGGCCUUCCCUCCGGGAUCCAGGACAGAGUCCAGCAGCUCCGCCAAACCGUCGAGGGUCUCCACUCCUCCUUCUCCGGGGCUCGCUCCUUCCAAGACGUGCCGGCCGCCCUCCUGAGCCAGAGCCGCGAGAGCAUCGCCAAGGCGCGCAGCUCGAUGGAUGAGAUGUUGGACUACGUUGUGCAAAACGUCCCCCUCCCGUGGGUGGUGGGCCCUUUUGCGCCCAACCUGGUGGAGCUUCCAGAGGCAGAGGGAGUUGGCUCCCGGGCGCAGGAAGACCCCGCCGAAAAGCCUAAGACCCCGCAAAAGGAGCCCUCCGAACCGGAGAAGGAACUUUAGAUCUUCCGUGCUGUGCUUUUCGGAAAUCUGCGGCGGUUGCAGAGAAUCCUUGGGAACCGUAGUAUUGCAAGGAAGUCGAGGAUACCGAACCUGUAGCCCUCCAGAUGUUGUGGCUCUUGGCUCCCAGCACAUCUGGAGGACCAUAGAUUCCCCGUCUCAAAGACCUGGUGCUUUUUUAUUUUCUUUUUGCAGAACUACAGUUCCCAGGUGUUUCUGGCUGAGCAGAGGUUCCCAACAGCACCUGUUGUAAUUUAGAUGUGCCUUUUGGGAAUGCUGAAUGGUGGCGGCGACAAGGGAAAAAAUGGUCUGAACGAUGAGCCGCUUUGUGUGUUUGUCAAACACAUCUCCCGUCCUCUAGAAAGAGAAUAUUGUCCUAUUCCCCCACUGCCGCCACUUAGGGGCAUUUAAAGUCCCUAGCAAAUAGCUCAGAACUCAGAAAUUUUGAAAUGGGAAGAGAAGGAGCCUUGGGUAAAUUGCUUACCCAAUCUGGGGGCCACUAGAAUUUUUGGAAUUUACUAUUAAAAAAGAGAGAGAGAGAGAGAGAGAAAUGGUUUUCUCAAGCUAAGUUCUACUCAAGAGUUGACCGAAUGAAAUUAAUGUCCCGAAGCAAUGGGUUGCAUCUACUGCUGGCCCUACUCCCAAGUAGACCCGUGCCCAGCAUGUCAUGGUCCUACUUCCGAGUAGGACCGACAGUGGCUGCAAACCUCUUGAAACGACUGGAGCCAAGUGAGCUAUGUGCAUUAUUUUCAGCUCGUCUACUCUUGAGUAAGACUGACACUAGACAUGAUCUAACACGGAAUUGUAGAGUUGGAAGGGACCCAUGACGGUCCUCUAACUAGUCCAGCCCCCUUCAAGGCAGGAAACGUUUGCCCAACUUGGGACUCGAACCCACAACCUCUGGGAUUAGGGGGUCUUAUGCCCUAUUGACUGAGCUAUCCAUGUGUGCCCUGUAAAUCUUGGUUUUCUAGAUUUAGAUUCAGGAAAUCCCAAUGCUUUUAACGUAGGUUUGAACUAUUGUUUUAACUAUUAGUGAAAUGUCUCCUCCUUCACUCUUGCCCUCCUACCCUGUUGUGGCUUUCAGUUUUUGACAAUAUUUCUCUUCCCUACCCCCCUCCUCAAUUUCUCAAGUUUCUUCCCAAUGCCAUGGGGGUGGAAAAAAAGACCCCGCCCUGCUCUUAAUGUGGUUCCAGCAUGAAUCUUGCGUAGCCUCCGUUGGUGGCCUUUCUUUUGUAACACCACAAUUCCUCUAGUCUUGCUGCCUCCCUCUGGGGUGGGAAACUGCUCUUUAGUGCUCAUUCGGAGCAAACAGCCGUGGGUUUCCAGUGGGUUGCUGUUUGUUCCUAUUUUGAGCUAAAGAGCAGGGUUUGUUUGUUUUUUCUGGGAAAGGAGAAGGACAAGGAGGCAAGCACUUGGAACUGUCCGAGUGCAGGUCAAGAGGAACUUUGGGUGAGCCCUGGAAUCAGCGCCGGUCCCGAGAAAUCCAGCCUGAAGUGCCGCUAAUGUUUUUGUACCUCCGUAGAAUUGUUUUACUUCCAGAAUAAAGAAAUGACUUCUUUUGA